UGUCUGCGUCGGCGGCUCAAACGCGGCCACCCUCCUCUUUUAUACGCUAUUGGAGCUUGCGGCGAGAGCUCCCCAGUCUCCGACAACCUCGGUCAGUAUGCGAUCGUGCGUUGACCCGAUGUGAUUAGUUCCAACGGUUUUUCAACACUCAGAGACAUCAGUUUUCCCCUAGGAUUAACCGUUCUAUUGAGUUUCUGAAUAUAUUCACCCCACCCCGGGUUUCAACUAAAUCGGGGAAAAAUUCAAAUAACUUCCUCCAAACUUCUUCCCACACAGCAGCCCUCUGAUACGUUAUCCUCCCGGAAAUUUCGCCCGGAAAUCUACAAAAAUGUGAAUUAAUUUCCCCGGAUACCAUCGAACCAGUGGUUUUCCCAAAAUAACGCUGAACGUGGGAUGCGAUGAGAUCGAUGGUUAAACGAUGCGUUUAAUUGGAAUGGAAAUCGAGUGGUUGAAAUAGUCGCACUUAGGAGUGAGUUUCCCCAAGUGAUUUAAUUCCCCCGGGGGUGAAUGGGCAAUGAACAUUCGCCGAUGCACCGGAGAUACAAACCCGGAAUUUGUGGAUUGACUGCCGGUUGGUGGGGCAAUUUGCGCACCGAGAGAGUAACCUCCGUGAAAUAAUCGUAAAUAGAAAAAACUCGACGAGAUGAUUGAACUAAUUGCAUCGUAAACACGAGAGUGAAUCGAAAUUGAAUCGCUGAAAGUGUUGACGCAAAAAACUGAGGGUGUUCUUAUUUAUUUAUUCGCCGGGGACAGUGAUCCCACAAUCUUCUCGCCACACCUAUAUUUUGUAAAGUGAAAAGGCAAGGAGAUGGCGAGCCGCAUGAAAGCACUCUACAACCAGAUUAUAUUCGAAAGGCGAAUACUUCUAGGUUGCACUCUACUCGUAGGCCUCUCGGCGUCCAUAUGGGCGAUAGCAAUUUGCACUGACCAUUGGUACAGCGUGGAAUACCCCCACAAUAACACAGCUGAUUUCCAGAAAUACCGGAACCAGGGGCUGUGGAGGUCCUGCGAAAACGGGGUGAAUCGCGAGACAUUAGGUUAUUAUUAUAAUUGCAGUUAUCAAGACAUGUUCCCGAAUGAACACACCAUAAAUAUGGAAGAUUUCGAUGAAACUGUACUCAGCUACGCGAGAACGCAGGUCUCGUUCGCCAUCAUCUGCCUGAUAAUCAUGAUCAUGGGUUUCUCAUUCUCAAUUUACACUUUUCGAAAUCCUAGAUAUAUGUUCAAGAGAUUGGCUGGGGGAAUUCAUUUCAUUAGUGGUGCCUGUGGAAUGGUCGUAAUCCAAGUGGUCCUGUCAUCAAUCGAGCACGAGAUGAAGAACAUCCCCGAAAAAUUCCCGAAAGGUGCUAAAAUGCACUACGGUUACUCCCUCAUCCUCGCCUGGUUCGUCUGCAUGGGGAAUUUGAUAGCCGGUUGUGCCUUCCUCCUAUUCUCCAAGAAACGUAAACGCGACAAAGCACCGACCGAGGAGAUAGCGAUGGCGGACGAGCCAACAAUCAUCGGUCGUUGAAGAAAAUAAAAAAUUCCUCAAGAGUGCAAGCCUCAUCUCUCCUCGCAUUCUUUUCCACUUUCCCAAUUGAAUAUUGGCACGAGAUAAAUGGUACCUGCGUAUCGCUGACGAUUAAGAAGAAGACGAUGUACAUAAAAUUAUCCCUCUCCUAGAUUAAACGUAUGAUUGAUCGAACAUGUAUGAAAGACGAAAAAAAAUGUGAUACAUUUAAUUGUAUAAUUAUUGGUAUACUUCAUUUACAAAUUCAUUCUGGUAAAUCUAAUUUUUCUAUUCGAAGAAAAAUUUACAUUAGCUUUUCAUUGAACAAAAUUCUCCCACUAGACGAGUAUCAUUGAUUAUAAAUUAUUGUAACGAAAAUAUUAUAUACAUUAUAAAUCACGAAGAUUCUCAUUGUAAUUUCGUGGUGUAAUAAACGAAUUGAAUUUA